AUGAGGCGAAAACGGAUCAGCGCCUACGCGGGAGUGGACCCAACAGCCAGCUCCCUCCAUCUUGGUCACCUCUUGCCGUUUAUGCCGCUGUUCUGGAUGUACAUGCAUGGAUACGGCGCCUUCACCCUCAUCGGAGGCUCAACCGCCCGAGUUGGAGAUCCCACAGGCAGGACUGAGAGCCGUCCGCAGCUGGCGAGGAAAGACCUCAUCCAGAAUCUUGCCACUAUCCACUACCAACUUGUCACGAUCUGGAAGCAUGUCGAACAGGCUGCCUCGAGGUUUGGAUUCGAGAAGCAGUGGGCUUGGCGCCGUGGUGUCGUCAACAACAACGUCUGGUGGCUCAAGCUGCCGAUGAUAGACGUGAUGAAACGCUUGGGGACCCAGAUGAGGAUGGGGCCUCUGCUGUCGCGCGACAACGUGAAGAAUCGGCUAAACGAUGGCUCGGGAAUGUCUUUCGCCGAGUUCUGCUAUCCAAUGAUGCAAGCCUGGGACUGGUACGAGCUGCUCAAACAGCAUGGUGUCCAGAUGCAGGUCGGAGGCUCAGACCAGUAUGGCAACAUCCUCACAGGCUCCACCUGCGUCAGAGCAUGCGUCGAGAACGAACCCGCCGAGGGUGAAAAGCUCCCCAACGGUAAAUUUGACCAACCCAUUGGAUUCACAGUGCCGCUCCUUACCGACUCCUCGGGGGCCAAGUUUGGAAAAAGCGCUGGCAAUGCCCUCUGGCUCGACCCUUUCAAGACCACACCUUAUGACCUCUACGGCUACUUGGUCAGGCGUCGAGACGACGAAGUGGAAAAUCUCCUGAAGCUAUUUACGUUCCACCCUCUCAGCAAGAUAUCGGAGGUGAUGAAAGAGCACCAAGCCAACCCACCUAAGCGAGUUGCCCAACAUCUCUUGGCCUACGAGGUCAUCUGGCUGGUCCACGGACAAAAGGUCGCGACGGAGACCCAGGCACAACAUCAGGCUGUUUAUGGUGGCAAAGCACCAUCGACAUCUCCAUCAGGCCUGCCUCAGGACCCCUCGCAGUAUGUGGCCAAUCCUGAACAGACAAAUCAUAGCAACAGGCCACGGAUAAACGUGAAGCUACCCAUGCACGUCCUCAGACUUACACUUCCGCGCAUCGUCUAUGCGGCGGGUCUUGCACAGAGUGUCUCCGAUGCCGACAGAAAUAUCAAGAAUGGAGGCAUGUAUAUCGGCGGUUCUCCAGGGCAGAAGGGCCCCACAAACGUGGGCAUGAACAACGACCAGCUGCAAUUCACUCCCGCCAAGACGUGGGACCUCGAAACCAAUAUGAGGUUCCUCAUUGACGGUCGAGUUCUUCUGUUACGCAAGGGCAAACACAACAUCCGCUGCAUCGAAUUUAUAGCCGACAAGAUAUGGACCAGACUGGGAUGGGAGUAUCCUGGACAGCCUAAUACGGGCAAGUUCCGCAAAGCGAUGCAGCGACUUAAAGAGAUGGCCAAGCCAAAGGACAAAGAUGCUGGAGUCGCCGGGUCUGGGGAAAGCGAAAAUGUUGCAGAAGGUAAGCCCCGCCAGACAAAGCCUUCCAUCGCUCCACAGGCCUUCAUGCCAACUUCACGACACCAGCUGGAGAAACUCGAGCGGACAAUGAAGGAGAUGUCAAGCGGACGGACAAACGGUCAGAUCCGGUCGCAGACGAGCGAUGAAUAUGAGUGGUAG